AUGAAGGCCGGUCCAGUUAUAGGGCCCUUUGUUUUUUCCUUUUAUAUGUUACAAAGCGUUUUUCAGUAUUUCAAAGGAAAAUGUAGUGGAAAAAGGUAAGAAAGUAUCUUCUUGCUUUUCUUUUGAAGACAAAGAAUCCUUUUUACGCGGUUAGAGUUAAAAGCAGUUUCAAGGCCAAUUGAGAUGAGGCACCUGUUGAUCAGUUUCAAUAAAAGGAUAAUGCAACGAGGACAAGCUACUAAAACAUUUAAACAGAAGAAGGAGAACUAUUCCUGAAGCAGUAUUUAGAAACUUGUUUUUUAGGUAAAAAAGAUCGUGCAACUUUCGGUAAUUUUUUACUUUUUGGUAUUUACUGUGUCGGUUUUCGAAAACAAAAAAAAUCGUCCAUGGUAACCGUUUGUAAUAAUCUUGGUGCUGACCUAAAGGAACGCAGUGUUUGUGAGAGCCUGCGUUCACUUUGGUCAGCAGCUGAGACGCAGACUCGUUCCCAGUCGUCGAAAGAUCGCGCUCCAUUCCAAGCCUCCUCGUUUUAUUUGGAUAGCGCGAACUGACCUGAGGGCGAGGCUAGCUGGGGCGUGAAACAGGAGUGCGCGCGCGUGCUGCCUCACGCAAGCAAAUAACUGAUAACCGAAUUCAAUUUUCCAGGGUUUUUACUUUUUCAGUGAGAUUACAAGACAUUUCUAGUGCAUCAAGUUUCGUAUUUGAAACUUAAAGCUAUUUUAAAUGAAAUAUGAUCUGUAGCUAAUUGUGUUGUGUUUAUUUUUAUUAUCAGAGAAUUUGCGGGUGAACUUGAAAUUCAAGAAUUAACGGAAAAAGCGCCAGUGAAAAUAGAACAGGAAAGUCAAAAAGUAAGCUUAGUUACUGCAUGUUAUGAACAACCCACUUUAAGUUAUUCUUGCAAACAAGUUUUUGUGCCAUUCAUUGACUCCCUUAUUGGAUUAUUGACUGUGUGUGGGCCUGUCUGCAAUGAGGCUGAGAAAUAUUGAAUAUUUAUGAAGUUUUUGGAACUUGACGGUUUAUGUAAACAAAUAAAACGGGAAAAAGUGAAUAAAAUAAUUAUGAAAGCAGUCGAUAUCAGUUAUAAAUCUAUUCUCUCCCAUUUUGAAGUUUCAUUUACAAAACUACACACUUUCAAGUUAUAUAUAGUAAAACGCCAAGUCCUGUUCAAUACUCAUUUCAUAGUCUGAUUUAUAACUUAUUUCAUUCAUCUUGAUUGACUAGUGCCCUGUUAAACGUAGAAGAUCAGAAGAGCAGUUAGAGAACAUUAAGACAAAGAAACAAAGAAAGUCGAUCUCACUGUAUAAACUUAAAGCCAUCAAGAUGAUUGGUGAGGGAGCGUUUGGGAAGGUGAGAGACUGUUAUAAGGAUCAAACAAUAAUCACAAACGAUUCGUAAUAUUAAUUUUCACAAAAUUUAGAGUAAUUUUCGGCGGAUCACUGCGCUACAGCGGCCAGUAUCUCGUGGUAAAAAAACUAGCGAUUUAUCAAUUAGGUGAUUAAUUAUUUAGAUAAAUAAUUAUCUAUUCAUUAAUUUCUAAGGAAGCUGAAAGGCUUUGUUUUCUUUCGUUUUUGCUAAGUCUAGGCUCUUUUAACUACCAAAUAAGCGAUCAAAGGUGAAUAUGAUAUACACACUGUGUAAUUCCUUCUUUCUCCAAUAAGUGGAUGAUAUCUGGGGCUGUCUUUCCAGUAAGAAGUAACUUGAAGUUCUUUGAUAAAAAGGCCGGUAAGACUGCGCCUAUCAACCGCUUCAUCUGAAAGUUUGUUCAAUUCCAAAAUAUCUGUCAAUCUCUUUAUAGGUUCGUCUUUGUGAGGACCGUCGCACCAAGAGACAAUACGCGGUAAAGCAGAUAAUUGAACCUGACCCAAGCAGUGUGGAAGAGAAAGUAUUGAGCUUAGCCUCGUCCAGUCCUUUCAUAACAAGACUUUGUGAAGAGGUUGAGAACCCGGUAUGAUACUUUUAAAAAUUGUACGAAACAUUUUUCCUCCUUGUACCUCCGCGUUAAACUCCCACUCCCGCCCGUCCGCCCAGGUGGAAAAAACGGCCGGCCAAUUACAUUUAAAGCAUAUCGACAUCUUGACGAACUUGAAGGAAAUCAGGGGACUACAAGCCUUCCGAAACAUUGUGAAUUAUACCUGUGCUAUGAGGCUUGAGUGAGGCGUUCGUGGUCGAUGGGUUAACUCCUCGAACUCUGGAUCUGAAGGUCCGAGAUUCAAGCCUCGCCAGUCGUGUUGUUUCCCAAGACAAGGAACUUUACUCCACUUUGUCUCUCUUCACCCAGAUGUAUAAACGGGUGCCAGCGACAUACUGCUGGGGGGUAACCUGGCGAUGGAACAGCAUCCCGUCCAGGGGGGAGAAGCAAUACUCCUAGGCUUGCAUCAUGCUUCGGAAACCGGUAUAAACUCCGACGGUAUGGGUCUUUGGCUCGUGUACGCCUUUACCUACAACGGCUCCACUGGGCGUUUCUCUCUGUGCCUCAUGAUCUUUCUCAAUUUUGUUCACUAUAACGCAAAAGAAAAUAGUAUGUUAUUGGUCAACUAAUAGCUUCUUUGUAUUUUCAUAUUAUAGUACCCUGGCCAUUUCAUUAUACUAGAGUUCGUUGAAGGAGGAGACCUUUUCACUGAAUUGGAUGAGAAUGGAUGGCUCAGCGAAAAUCGAACUAGGUAAUCGUACUUCCAUAUCAAAGUUUUCGAGCAACUGUUGAGAAAACAGUCCAUAUAGUGACAAUGAAAGAAAACAGGGACGAAUUUAACACAUUUGGUCAAGUUUUCCUUUUAAACCGAAUACCUACUAACACUUUAGUAAGACACGUUCCAUUAGUACUGGCUCGAAAUCAUCGUAAAUUAUUCUUGACCCACUCAUCUUUUAAUAACGACUGGUUCUAUCAAUUGAGUUCUACCCAAUACAUGUAACCUUCAAAUUAAACCGAGGAUGCAAAAACCGGUAAACAAGACAAUUCUGUCAAAAAAAGUGAUAGAAACUUCACGCCUUCACCUCACAUACGCGGACGUAUACAAAAAGUGUACCACCUAUGGACCAAGCCGAUGGACCGCUUCGUGGACCCGGUCCAUGGACUACCCCUGUGGACCACGCCUAAUUUUCGCACAUGCAUUUGACCAGAGGUCUAAGCAAAUUUUUGGAACCUUAAACGGACGAAAAUGUGGUCAGUUUUUAUUAUCAGUGGUACGGGCUUCUCAUAUUUUAAACUUGUUUUUUUUGUUUUCAGUUCCAUACCAAUUGAAUAUAAUGGGUUCGUUUUAGUCUGGUGAAGGAGUCAACAUAUUUUAGACGAACAGAACUAUGGAGGAAGUAGUAUGCUACGCAGUUUGUUUCAUGUUCCUGUUGUGUGAAAAUCGAACCAAAAACAGCUGUGUAUGAGACUAAGGAUGAAAUAUUGUUUCUCCUCCCAGGCUUAACCAAACCCAUGAAUGGAAUUCAGGAAAAAUUGGAGCAAGUGUAUAAUAUGAGGAACCUUUAAUCCUGAUAAUAAAGACACAGUUUCAUCCAUUUAAGGUUCCUAAAUUUCGUUUAGACCUCUAGCUGCUAAAGAUUCAGCUUCAAAAAUUAAGGGUGGUCCGCGGGAGUAGUCCAUGGACUGGGUCCGCGGAGAUGGUCCAUGGACCGGGGGUCAUGAUUUGUAUACGUCCAUAUACGAUUAGUCAUUCAACAAAGCGUUAGUUACAGUUUCGUUAGGAAUCGAACUACGAACUACUAGCUAUCAAUUGAGGUCAUUUAAUCUUGCUAUUGAGACGUACUUAAAACAUUCUAUUACUCGUCGUUUUGUUUUAGGUUUUACACUGCUGAGAUCAUCGCUGGAUUGCAGUUUUUACACGAAAAAGGUGUCAUUCACAGGUGAGUAGAAAUAUGUGAAGUACCUGAAAUUCACAUUUGGUUGGUGAUUUCGAUCACUCGCGUAUUAAUAUGGCAAAGACAAAAAAAAACAACAACAACAACAAUGAAUUGAUACCGUCGGACCUUUAUUUUGCGGCCUCCCAAACGGCCAACAGUUACGUACAUCGGGGCGGGCAAAAAUUGUCAGCCGUACAUCACAUGACUGUAAAAUGUAGGUAAUCGUUUGCUAGAUCAUUGUCCAUCAUGACAGGGCGCCUCUCCUCCGCAGAGGCCUCUUUGUAUCGUAGGGAGGACUGGAGAGAGAGAAACAGAAUGCGCGCGGGGGACAAUGGGAAGGGGAAAGAGAGACGAAAGGCCCCGCUUCCUCAUUUUCCCUCUUCCCAUCGUCCCCCGAGGGCUUUCUAUUUUUUCAUUAUUGCUAUUUUUAUUGGGAUACCCAGCGGAAGCCUUUGCAGAGGAGAGAGUGACAGGGCUCAGCGUUCUGUACAGUUCUUGCAUUAGUGAAGAAAGUUAACUUUAUAAUUAUGCGGCUACUUAUCCCUUUUCCUCAAAGAUUAUGUCGCACAACUUUUGGCUCAGUUUACUUGAAAAUCAAUGUCUUUAAUAUUUGUGUAAAUUUUUAUUUAUCGUAUGACAGGGACUUGAAACCUGAAAACAUUUUGCUGACCAAAAAUGGGCACAUUAAAAUCAGUGAUUUCGGAUUGUCCGCUAUCAUCGAUCCAGUUAAACAGGAGAAGAUUAACAACGCAGAAAUUAUCGGGACACCUCUUUACAUGGCUCCUGAGGUAAACAAUGGAACUGUAACGUUAGUUAAAGGGGAAAUAUGGUUAACAGCAUUAUUUUUCGUUGAUUUCCACCCUUUUUCCUAAAUAUCUAGCCAAGAUUUCAUUCAAUCAAAAAAUGACUCAGUUAUGUUACAGUCCUUAAUUCAUAAUUAUUUGUGAAUUUUUGGAUGAUUUUUCCAAUGUUUUUAAUGUAUAAAAUUUCGGUGGAAGAUGUUUAAAAUUUUGGGAAAAUGGGAAAAUAUUGGAUUUUGGGAUUGUUAAAACUUAAAAUAUGAAGUGAAUAAUUAGUAGACAAUUACCAGAUAGUACCACAACAAGGUGCCUCUGAUCCCAUUAGCGGACUAACUGGUACAGCUAUUCUACCCUAAUCAACAUCAUUUCCCCAAAAAAACCAACCAUAAUGCCCCCUUAAGCCCUGUUAACCAAGUGUCUAAAUCAGUUUCUCGUAUAGCUGCGUGGUCAAUACCUUUUUUGUCCCAGAUCAGGAGCGGCUCCUGCCCAGAUCUAGGACCCAUUUGAGAACCACCAUCCAAAAUAUCCCUGGGAAAAUUUAACAGGGUUCUAACAAGGACAGCCGAAUUAUAUUCUGUUAGGGUAGUUUCUGCUUUUUACUUACAGAAUCAGCGCUGAUAAUUAACGCUAAAACAAAUCUUUAUACAGGCUAUGAAAUAUGGGGUUUUCUUGUAAGAGAUAUAUAUCUGUUACAGGGUAUAACUGUACUUAUGUUACCUGCCCUGGAAGAAGGAAGAGCUGCAUGUUCAGUUUCCAGAAAAGCUAACAAUACGUGACAUGAUCCACUUAUUAAAAAAUCACAAACCUCGUAGUAAGAUCUUUCGCUUAGGAGAAGCUCCGCUUGUUUUCAUGGAAUAACAUCUUAUCGUGCUGAUGUUAGCUUAGUGCAAGGUGUUAUUUGUUGCAGAUUAUUUUACUUGACCCAUACGACGCAUGUGUGGAUUGGUGGGUUCUUGGAGUCAUGGUGUUUACGAUGCUCACUGGAAUGGUUUGUAUUUGAAAUGUUAUUUCAAUUAUUUUGUUCUUAACACGAAAAAGGUGAAACUGAACAUAGACGAUGAUGACGGUAACCUACUUAGUUGACAAUGUUAUCCUUUGUGUUUACAUUUCAGAUGCCGUUUGAUGCUGAAUCUGAGGAUGAGCUAUUUGAUUUGAUCGUAUAUGACUACCCACAGAAACCGGACAAAAAAACAAUGUCUGAGCUGUCCAUUGACGCCACUGAAUUGUUCCUACACGUAAGUGUCAAAUACAUAAAUCAUACAUGAAUGGUUAUAUUCCCUUAUUUUUUUACAUGUACCAAAAUUAUUUAUUGUCAGUCGAUAUCAAUAGAGGCCACUCUUCCUGAAAAAAUCCAAAGAUUGACUCCCUUUCCCCGGGGUAACUGCUCCCCAUAACGGAUUAUACGGGGAUUCUCCGCCAGAAAAGGUUACCUUUUUUAGGAUUCAGGUAUAUUGAAGGGUAGAGAAAUCUUUUUUAUGUUGAAUGAGUGAAGAACAAAUAUGACUAGACUAAAACUAGGUCAACGUUAACUUCCGUUACGGAGUAUCAUAAAAGCCUAACAUUUCAAUAAACAAAGGUCUCUGAGUUGAGAUUAAAUACCGGUAUUACAAGACAUAUCACAUUUUUUGGAUGUUUUCAGUUACUAGAGAAAUAUCCACAAGACCGUCUCGGGUACAAAGGAGGCGAUUACCCCUGCAUCAGAGAUCAUGCUUUCUUUCACGGCUUUGACUGGAACAGACUGGAGGCAUUGGAACUCGACCGCCCACCUUGA